AUGACGAUUGCCGACGUUGUUUUAGACGCACGAGAUCCUCAUCUGGACUUCAAUUUCCAGUUCCUCAUCUUCUUCAUCAUCUGCGGUCUGCUAGCCAUCUUCUUCCUGCUGUACUUGAACCGACUCUUUGCUUCCGUUGUGUCGUAUGCCCUUCGCGCAUAUACAUGGCACGCCUACAGAGUCUACAUAGACGUGAAAGCAAUUCAAAUAUCUCUUCUUGGAGGCCGCAUAUUCUUCACCGGCUUACGCUACCACGGAUCCAACGAAACCUUUCUCGUCCAACACGGAGACAUCGCCUGGCGAUAUUGGCUACGCCGAGUACGAGACACCGACAUAAACGUAUCGGAUCCCUUCCAUGCUUCUUCUGCAGCGGACAGCCAAAAGAAUUCCAGUUUGCCAUGUCGCAUUCACGCCAAGCUAGUCGGCGUAGAGUGGUUUGUGUAUAACAGGAGCCCGGCAUACAAUGACCUUCUCAGUGGUUUACUCAAUGGUGGCCCCUCCGCCUCGAAAUCCAGCGGCAUUGCCAACGAAACGGUAGAAGCCGCGCUUACAUCUCGAAAGGGUUACCAAAAUGGCUCCGCGGAAAAGAAUGAGCUCCCAGUCGAUGCAACGGCCAAAGCACAACUUGCAGAGAAACCCAGCCUACCCCCUCAGUCCUCGCCGCCGGACCGCCCAUCUACUGCCUCACAGAGCCUCAACGAGACCGCAGAUGGUAUUGAAGAAACCAACAGCUCUCUGCCGGCUAUGCUUCAGUUGCUCCCGAUUCACGUGGAAUUUCAGAAACCCGCUCUAGUCGUUGGCAAUGACAACACCAAGGCAGUUCUCAUUGUCAAGGCCAACUCCGCUUCUACAGUUGUAGACGCAGGUCACACGAACACAGUCGAUCCGUACCGCCAACUAUUCAAAAUAGAAUUCGAUCACCCCGUUAUCGAAAUGCGCGAGAACGAUGAAUUCAAGCAGGACCAGGAGUCGCGAGCGACCAGACGCCAGGAAGACGCCUCGAGCUUGGAAAUGCUCGUACAGCGAUCAUUCUUCCAACGUCGUCGGCGGAAAGUCUUCAACUCUCUUCGAAAUAUGAUGCCAUAUUUCCGUCGCUCCGUGGAAUCCUUUUCUGCCGACUCGAGAGUACCAAUGAGCUCAGGCGUGUCUCGAAAGAUACCUGGCUCAAGUCACUGGCAAGGCUUGUCAAGAUAUCUGGACGACAGGUAUCAAGAUGACAAGACUAGGUGGUCUUCUGUCGAAUAUGCUGCUGUCAAUACCAUUCUUGACUCCCCUUCAGCUGCACUUACGAUUUACUGGGAUGUUGUAUCCAGGAUCACUGCCAACUGUGGCAAAAAUAGCAGCUCGAGUUUCCACACGAGCGUCAAUGGAACUGAGCCUCCAGCGUGGGGGAUGUCGUUGUCAGUCAAAGGGGGGACUGUCAACUAUGGCCCUUGGGCUGAUCGACAAAGAGCAGACUUGCAGCGAGUCUUCUACCCAACACUGUGCAAGAAUAGCACGGCUGCUAUGCCAUUGGCUCCUGGGUCGUGGAGAGUCGCAACGCAGUUCAAUCUUUACGUUGAAUUAGAAGAUGCCAUCACUCUAAGAAUUCCCAUCAGAGAAGAGUCCAAGAACUGGCGUUGGCGUGGCAAAGAACCUCCAAUAGGACGACAGGGCGUCACUGGCAAGAAGAGACGCAAUCGGAACAAAAAGAGCAGCAAGGGACAUGCUCAACCGGCGCGACCAGCAGGCUGGCUAGAGAUCAAAGUUCCGUCCAAUUCCACAAUGUCCUAUUCAAUGGAUAUGCUAGGUCGACCAACGGGCUACCAGAAUCGCUUGGACAUUGACCUGCCAAGCACCGAGCUUAGGAGCAGUGUCAACCAUGACUUGAUGUGGACAUCGGGGCCACAACGCAUUUCUUGUGACUUGUCUAACCCUCUGUCAUGGAAUACCCUGCGCAACUGGUCCUUCAAUUUAACCUGCGACGACAUGAAGCUUUAUCUCCUACGAGAUCACAUUUUCCUUUUGAUCGACUUGGUCGACGACUGGGCCACCGGCCCGCCAUCCGAAUAUCUCAUAUUUACGCCGUACAUAUACCACUUGAAAUUCAGCCUCAACAACUUACAGUUAUAUCUUAAUGUUAAUGACGAAAACAUCAUCGAUAAAGCCACCGCCCUUGACGACAACACAUACUUGAUUUUAUCUAGCCCACUCUUAAAAGCGGAAACAUCAAUACCAUUAGACAAGUUCAGACCGAGCAGGAACUCUAUUCCAUUUGACGUUCGAACCGACAGCUUUGACUUGACGCUGCACGCGCCACAGUCUAACACUCAAGCUGCCUUUUUGAGCUCCAAGGAGCUUGGCCAUGGGGAGAGUCUAGCUGUAACUGGUAGCUACGAAUAUAACGCCACUACGUCUGUUGCAAACACAGAUACUCUGAUAUUGAACGUAUACGGACAGUCGCCAUACGCAUACCUCUACGGAUUCAUUAUAAGAUACGUAAUAUUACUGAAGGAUAACUAUUUCGGGGAUUUUGUCCACUUUCGGACGCUUGACGAAUAUCAAGAACAACUGCAAAUAAAUGCUCAAAGUUCCAACGCCGAUGCUGUACACAGACCUCCGAGCAACAAGUCAAACGAUCUCGAUGUCAUCUUGUCUGUCAGAGUCGAUGACCCACGCAUUUUGCUACCCGUCAAUCUGUAUUCUGCCAACAGAUAUGUGCAAUGUGAGCUGGCUAACUUAUCCGUUGAUCUUCGAUUCACAAACUACUAUAUGGACUUGGAGCUCUUGCUGAGUCCACUAAGCCUGUCGCUGGGCCGUCCAGCGCUCUCAACUGAGAGCCCAAACUCUGCCUACUCCAACACUCAGCUGUUCGUUGACGGAGUUCGUGUUUUUGGGCACCGUACAUUCGGUCUACCUCCUUCUGAACCCACAUAUCUUUGCAAUUGGGACGUUUCAGUCGGAAUACUAGAUGGCGAAUGCACUGCCGAGUUUCUGAGCUCAUUGGGCAAUGGCGGUGCGGCUUUCGGAUUCAUGUUUGACGAUGUUGAGAAUGCGCUCGUGCCUUAUUCGUCUCUUGUUUUCCAUGACAUUACUUUUGUGCGCGCAGAAGUUGCUUCGGUUCGCUUGUGGUUGCAUGUGGACGAAGCAGCCUUUCUCGUGUCCACGGGAUCUAUUCAAGUAAGAAGCAAUGACUGGGGUGGCGCUCACUAUUCAAAGCGUGCGAACAUCAGCAUACCCAACAUCGAAAUCUCUUGUGUAAAUGCAGAGUCUGCGGCAAGGCAUACAUCUCGACGCCACCACCCAGUAGACACUGCGGCCUACUUGAAGACAGACGUUCAACUAGCAUCCAUUGGGCGCAAGUUUCACUUCCAUGAAGAGCUCAAGAUCCAGCAAGACUUGAUACGGCGGGAGGAUCAACGCACAAGAAGAACACCUUUUCUUCUCCGACGCCCUGUCGACCCAGACUUUGUGCCAGAGCCGUUUGAUCCCCCAGCACAAUGUGUCCCGGCACCAGCUUUCCCGCUCACGGAAGUGAACCAGAUUGACGACGACGCAUCCUACCAAAGUGUCAGGAAGUCUCGCUAUUUCGAUCGUUUGCGACGGCAAAGCUCCUUCAUUUCCUCCAGCUCAAGUGAUAUCAAUAUUCGUGGUACAAGUCAACCGCGUAGUCGUGCCAGAUCAAGACAGGCCGCGCUGCCUACUCAGCCAAGCGGAACUGAAAAGGUGCAGCGCAUGGCAGGAAAGAGAGGAAGUAUUUAUUCCCAAGACCUGCUGAUUACCAACACUCAACAGCCAAGUCAAGACCGGCAGCAAAAGGAGCAUAUUGAGCAUUCAUCCAUUGCAUUUUCCAGCCAAUAUUUCCCUCCACACUUUCCGCUAGAAAGUGUCUGUCCAGAUGGACGUGAGGCAACCUUUGAGGAGGUCGAAGAGGAGCCAGACGAUGACUUCUUUGAAAUGCGUGCUUCUCUCGACGAUUUGAACCCUAGCAGCCUCAGCGAGGACCACGCACAAGCAAGCACUAUGAUCGAGUUUACCACUGGCAUUACCGCUUUUCUCAAUCCAGAAGCUGUGCGCUACGUCAAUUCUCUCUUGUCAGCCUUGCAACCAAGUGAGCCGGAUGACAUUCUGGAUUCACUUCAAACCAGCGUCAUUGGGGACAUUUUUUCUGAGAAGAAGCAGAGCCAUGUCACAGGUUCCAUGCAGGAAAUCUUGGUCAAGUUGCCUAAGGCAAACAUUCGAUUUCUGAACCCAUCUACUCUGGACUCACUGGAUGCCUCCCAAGAAGAGAAAGACCAGUAUGACAUUCGGAUUUUCAAAGCUACGCUUAUUACUCGCAUUGUUAAGGAUCGUACGGGAGAUACUUUGACCUCCCGAACCUCACUCUAUUUUCGUCUAAAAUCUGCGGAGAUGUCGGCGUCCGAACGGGUGUCUUCUGUUGGAACACCCCAAGCGGCGGUCAUGGUCAAUAUUGAUAAUGUCAAUGUGUCACUAGGUGCAAAGGACAUCACAUAUUUUGAUGCCGACGUUGGUUCUAUUGUAGGCAGCACAGCGUCUGGCAAGAUUGAGUACUUGGCGUCAUUGAUUCACCGUACAGGCAGUAUCGCCUCGGAGUUGGGCAAUCUCUUAUCCCAAACCACCACUCGCAACGACAACCGAAUCAAGUACUUGGUAUCCCGGCUGCUAAAGGACGGUUAUGCUACGAAUGAUCCGCCGUUCCUCAUUCGGCCCUCAGCUGUGCUUCGAUCCACUCAUGAGCACAUGAGGACAGCUGAUUCAUGGAAACUCAUGAUGCGACUGCGACAAAUAUGGGCAACCCUGAAUCAAGGCCGGAGGAUGGCGCUGAUCGACCAGUGCAGAGACAACCCUCCGGAGGCACAUCCAGAUGUUGUCAACCAAGUUCUUUCUGCAUUUCAGAAAUGGCGAAGCUGGGAUUUGGAUGACCCCAGGAACUCCAUCCUGAUGAAAAAAAUAUUCGGGAAAGCGAUUGAUGGUCAAGUAGAGUCACCACAAGAGUACCCCCUUCUUGGCGCCUGUCAAUUGGGUGAGCUGCAGUUUGUGUUGGACCCUGGCCCUAAGCAGAACAAAAUAGGAUUUCUCGAAAUUGCCUUCAGAGUAGAUAAACGACCGCCGGGACAAUCGAAUGUUCUUCCCGAAAUGAAAGAUUUUCAGGGCUCGUUAACGAUUAUGAACCUUUGUUGCGCAGAAGCCGCAAUUCAUUUGAACUGGGAGCUCUGCGAAUUCGCCGAGGAUGUUUUGCGUCUUUACAACAAGGCUCAGCCACGACCAUCAGAGACGACCACGUCGAACGAGCAACCAAGAAGAGAACCCCUCAAGUCAUCUGCGGCAUAUCAUGUAGUGUUUGAAGUUGUGAAGGGGUCCAUCGAGGCAGAAGCAAUCAACCUAACGGCUAAAUCCAUCAGUGACGGGCUUAAGACGUCAAUUCUACUCUGCCACGCGGGUGAGGAGCUCAGUAUUGCAAAUGCUAUGUUUAAUUCCAAUGCGGUUACGUCAAAGCUGCAAAGCCAUGGACAAUUUCUCAGCGUUUUGCAGAUUCAACAGCCAAGCAUAUUCAUUGCUUAUGAAAUCGAGAAAACAACAGAUGUUGACGCCCACGUUGUCAAAGUCUCGGCAAGUUCUCCAAAUAUGACCUUGCGUGUCAAGGACGACCCCAUUGGCCUUCUAGAAGUUCUGGACUUGCUUAUCAGGGAUGAAGCGGCUCAGACUCACAGACUUAAAGAUCUCAUUCCAUCGUCCCCAGAAGGCCGAAAGCAGCGCAUCAAGUUGCAACAGCGCAUUUCCACAAUUGUAGUCAAGGCUGUCAUGUUCCUGGAUGAAUACACCCUCAGCAUUCCGCUUUUACAGUCCUUGACGUAUAAAAUCACUGGAUCCGUGUCGAGAGCGUCAUGCGCGGCCCACUUCGGAAAGGGACUUGUUUUCGAUUUUGACAUCAAGGAGAACUCUCAUGAGAUGCAAAUUAAUGUCAAGGACGAGCCCCAGAGUAUUUCCUUGCUAGAGAUCCCGCCGGCAAACGGACGUAUCACGAGCAAUACGCAAUCAAGUGAAAAUGUUGUAAGCAUUUUAGCAUCUAUGGAGGCCAUACGGCUGGACGCAUCGGCAAUAUACAGCUUACUGGCAGCCCUGAAUCGGCCUCAGAUAUCUGGAGCUAUAGAGGAAGCACAGCAACAAGUCAAGAUAAUCCAGGGCCAUAUAAAUGAGACGUUUGGCGCGCCAAGAGAGGUAGAGACCGAAAGCUCUACGUUCUCCAGAUCGACUCCCAACUUGGUCUAUGAUAUUCACUUAGCAUUGGCUGGACUGCGGAUUCUGGCCAAAACGCCUCUCAAGACCGUGGCGGAACCCACGGCCCAGAUCUUGUUUGCGUUGGACAAAGUCACUUUGCAGGCCUCGAAUCAACAAGGCCCAAAUGCCUCACCUCUCAACUAUCCUGAUUUACAUGUUAACUUGCGCCGAAUCAGUCUUGAUAUCAGUCGUGGAAGAGAGAAUGCACUACGAUCCUGCGGAAAUCUGACGACUGAAAUCAAUGUCUCUGCAAGCUCUCAAAGCAGUGAUGAUGGAAAGGAAGACUGGUCUUUGCACUUCCAAAACGAUGACUUAUGUCUGAGCCUUUCUCCAGAAACCGUUUCGACCAUUGUUGAUGUUGUUGGCUAUAUGGGAUCCAAGAUUAGAGAUCUGGACACGUCUCGUGAACUGGAAUACCUUCGAAAAUUAAGACAAACCAGACCAAAGAUUAGGAUCAACGAUGAUGAUCGAAAUUUGGGAGAAGAAACAGAUAUUUUCGAGUCUGUUCUGUCAUCCAUUACCUACCGCUUUGAGCUGAGAAAUAUUCGAUUCUGCUGGGACGUGGCAGAUGAAACUACUGAUCUGGAUGCCACCAAGGAAGAUCUAGUCUUGUCAAUCAAAUUGAUCGAGUUUGGUACCCGUACGCGGAAGUCUGCAAGACUGACGAUUGAGAAUUUCCUUCUGCAGACUGUACCCCCCGGUCAGGAUAAGACCAUCAGAUCUUUACAUUCUGCUCUUUUGCCGGAAGUCAUGUUCAACGUGGCAUAUAUAUCGACUGCGGAUGCCCGCCGAAUGGCGUUUCAGGCCGUGGGUGACUCGCUUGAUCUUCGUUUGACGUCGGGGUUCAUUGUUCCUGCAGCAAACCUCGUGCACUCCAUUUCAUUGUCCAUGAAAAACGCACAAACGGCGUCCUCGCAGUGGACAACCGAAGGCUUAAUGGCUGCCGAACCCCUAGCGUCCAAAAAGACGGAAGAUGUAACACUCCCACGACAACGCCGCAUGUUCGGAAACAAACGCAUGGAAAACCUGCUUGUGGACGCCGACUUUGCAGGUGCUGUUGUCUAUGUAUCAACCAAAAGGAAUGUUUCCACCACUGUGCCAGAAUCAAAGUACAGCCAGCCAUCCUUGGCAGGGAAAUACGGCCAAUUCAGUGCAGAUGAUUCGGGCUCAGGGGCUGUAUUGCGUAGUCCUGGCCUGGCAUGGAAGGCAGAGUAUCGUGACAACGGCAAAGAGCACCCAUCUCUUUACGGAGAGAUCAAAAUUAACGCGUCAAGCAAUAUUCUGUACCCUUCGGUAGUUCCAUUGGUUCUCGAUAUAUUGUCGUCGGUGAAGGAAGUUGUCAGCGACAAAGAUGAUGCUAACAAUGCUGAUACUGAACAGAAACCAGAACAGUUCGUUCAGCCGAAGCUGAAGCAGACUAAAUCCGGCGAUGAGGAUAACUUCCUUACCGCUGACCCAAGCACUGUACUUGGCCGCUUGAGGCUAAAUCUUGGCCUUCGAAUAUGCCGACAAGAGUUCUCACUAAGCUGCCAGCCCAUAGCAAGAGUGUCUGCUACAACCUGCUUUGACAGUAUAUACUUUACACUCAAUACCGUUACUUCACAGGAACAAGGCAACUUCUUUGCAAUAUCUGGUGUGGUUGCCAAGCCCCAGGCAUCGGUGCAACAUGUUUAUUCUCGAGAUUCCACAGCUAGCUUCGAGCUCGAUUCGGUCGCCAUAUCUUUCAUGAAUAGCAAGCAUUUCAGCGGCACAAGCGGUGUAUCGGCUAUUCUAAACGUCAGCCCAAUGAAAGUGUCGGUCAAUGCGAAGCAGGUGCAAGACUUUCUACUGUUCCGGGAAAUCUGGUAUCCAGAGGAACUGCGACAGAAACCUGUGGUGCAGGUUCCCGAGAUGCCGACGGAAACCUCCCAAGCCCACCUCGUGCAACGGUAUCAAGAGGUUGCCGCAACAGCCGCAUUCCCGUGGACAGCGACGAUAUCCAUCGCAGCACUUGACGUCAGCGUAGACCUGGGGCAGUCGAUUGGAAAGUCAGUGUUUCAUAUCAAAGAAUUCUGGGUGUCGUCCAAGAAAACGUCAGACUGGGACCAGAACCUUUGCCUAGGCUUCAAAAAGAUUGGUGUUGAUUGUACUGGCCGUCUGAGCGGCUUCGUGGCUCUGCAAGACUUCAGGAUUCGUUCAUCAAUCCAGUGGCCGCAUCGUGAGGAGGCGCUCAACGAGACACCAGUAGUGCAGGCAUCUCUGGCGUUGAAUGCAUUGCGCGUCAAGGCAGCAUUUGACUACCAAGCAUUUUUGGUAGCCGACAUUACCUCUCUGGAAUUUCUCAUGUACAAUGUUCGAGCCGGCCGCGAUGGAAAGUUGGAUCGACUAGUUGCCAUCUUCGACGGCGAAGCAGUGAGGGUGUUUGGGACUACAACAUCAGUAGCGCAGGCCGUAGCGCUCUAUCAGGCGUUACAGAAACUCAUUGAAGAGAGGCGAGAGAAUUUCAAGUCAUCACUGCGAGAGAUUGAAAAGUUUAUGAAGCGCAAAUCUAUCAGCUCACGGACGGCAUUGCAAAUGUCUCCUGCAAUGCCAAAGCUUCCGAUAGAUGACACUCUGUCCAAAUCACCCAUCUCUCUCGACACGGAUGUGGUCGUGACUCUGAAGUCGUUGAACCUGGGCGUUUUCCCAAGCACUUUUUCCGAUCAUCAAGUAUUCAAAAUGGAGGCUCUCAACGCGUACGCCCGGUUUGCAGCCAGCAUCGAACAGCGCAAAAUCCACAGCAUUCUGCGAAUGACUCUCGGUCAACUACGAAUUGGCUUGGCUGGGGUUCGCGACGCCGAAGCGCCCAGGAUGCUGAGUGAGACGACGGUCGAGGAUGUCGUCCAACGCGCCACGGGGUCACGCGGUGGCACAAUUCUCAAAGUCCCACGCGUCGAAGCGGCCAUGGAGACGUGGCAGAAACCAAGCAGCAACCACAUCGACUACAUAUUCAAGAGCGCCUUUGAAGGCAAAGUAGAAGUGGGUUGGAAUUAUUCGCGCAUCAGUUACAUCCGAGGGAUGUGGGCCAACCACUCCAAAUCGCUUGAGCAAACAUGGGGUCGACAGCUACCGAUGACGGCAGUCAAAAUCACUGGCGUGCCCGAAGCUGAGGGUGAACAGCAAAAGAUCACAGCCGAAGUCAACGUCCCGCAGUCCAAGUACGACUACCUGGCGCUCGAACCACCAGUGAUUGAGACGCCGCAAUUGCGCGAUAUGGGCGAGGCAACGCCACCGCUGGAAUGGAUCGGGUUACAUCGCGACAGGCUUCCCAACUUGACUCAUCAGAUUGUCAUUGUGUCGCUGUUGGAAUUGGCGGGCGAAGUCGAAGAUGCGUAUUCAAGGAUUCUAGGAUCGACCUAG